AUGACCGGUCGCGGUAAGGGUGGUAAGGGACUCGGCAAAGGAGGCGCCAAACGCCAUCGGAAGGUGUUGCGCGACAACAUCCAGGGCAUCACCAAGCCCGCCAUCCGUCGGCUGGCUCGCCGUGGGGGGGUCAAGCGUAUCUCCGGGCUUAUUUACGAGGAAACCCGCGGUGUGCUAAAACGCAAAACGGUCACCGCCAUGGAUGUCGUCUAUGCUCUGAAGCGCCAGGGACGCACGCUGUAUGGCUUCGGUGGCUGA